AUGUCGUUCAACGAUUUGGAGCGAGGAUCAGCUCAAUCACCCCGGAAUAACAAUAGCAGCAGGGGCAGCGUGGGGCGAUCAUCCAACCGAGCAUCCGGUAACCCUUUGCCUCUGUACCACGCCCCUCCUUCCGAUCAUGAAGAGUACGAAUUUAAAAAGCUGGCGGAAAGAAUGGGGGUGCAGAUCUUCAAGUUGAACGCCAAUGUGAGCGCGAUUGAUAAGCUCGUGGAGCUCAGCUCGGGAAGCGGCAAGGUUGCAGCUCAGAGCAAGGCUCAGAGCAAAGAAGGUAGAGACUGGACGAAGCAAGUAGCUGAUCUUACCGAUACGACGCGAUCGGUGUCGACCUCCCUCGUGAGCGACAUGAAGACUCUCUCGACAUUGAGCAGCAAGAGCGGAUCAUCUCAGCACAAGAUGACGACGAACAAGCUGAGGACGGAUGUCGAGAAUGGCUUGAAGAACUUUCAGAGAGCUCAGAGGGCAGGAGCCAACGUGACUAGGACCGCAUUGGACAAAGAAAGAGCGAGGAGAAGCGCUGCUGCCUCCACAUCGUCUGCUUCCAAUGCCAAGUCCAGCGAAAAUCAAGUAGCACUGGAGUCGACUGGCGGGGCUUCUGCGGAAGGAGGUCUGAUCGAUCAUCCAUCGGCCGAAUUCGACGAGGGUCAAGAAGAGCAGGAGCAAGCACAAGUACGAGUCAACGCUGGUCCCACGCAAUCCGACCUCGAAUUUCAGGAGGCGCUGAUCUCAGAACGAGAGGCAGAGAUUCAGGAGAUCGAGGGAGGUAUCCAAGAGCUGAACGAAAUCUUUAGAGAUCUGGGACAUAUUGUUCAAGAGCAGGGCGGUAUGAUAGACAACAUCGAACACAAUGUUUCGCAGAUCGCUCUGCAUACCGAAGGAGCUGAUCGAGAGCUGGUCAGGGCACACGAAUAUCAGAGGAAAGCGGGAAGGAGAGCGGCUUGUUUGCUGCUCAUUGUGGGCAUUGUCGUUGCUGUUGUUCUCGUCGCUGCUCUAAGCUGAUACGUGCGCUCAUGCCUUUCAUGGGUUUCUUUGUCCCGUCACCUUUCCAUUCUUCGUCCUCAUUUCCAACUCCCUUUCGUUGGCCAAUGCAAGCUCAGCUUAGUAUUUCGUACCUUGUUUGAGCACCUCCCAGACUUCCUUGAUUACAUGCACACGUCACCUUUGCCCAGGGCCGAAGCCUCGACGUCAAUAUUUUGCUUGAAUCUGAUCUCUUAUGGAGCAAGUCUUAGAGGUGGCAGAGGCUUUUGCAAAACCAUGAUCCGGACAACGACGG